GAAGGAUUUGGAGUCAUGCGAAAGCUGCGGUUCCAGGUGAUUGCGUGCACCGGUGAAGAUGCCGCGGGUCCAGCCUCGCUUCUGAACGAACAUGAUAGCACAGGGACUGGCUACUUGACUCCAAAGAACUGCGAGUACCCACAAGAACUAGUGAUGCAACUGGAAGGGACGUGCCGCCUCACGCAGAUCCAGGUGUUGUCGCACCAAAGCUAUAUUGCCACCAAAAUCGAGUUGUACUUGUCCAUGGACAAUAUCACGUACACGCGCCUCGGCUUUCUGAGUUUAAAAUCCAACAAGGAGAGUCAGUACACAGCGCGUGAACUCAAGACCGUCCACAUCGACUCGACGACGCGAUUUGUCAAGUUCAAACUGCAUCAGUGCUACAUCAAUGAAAAGAAUUUGUACAGUCAAGUGGGGAUUGUCGCGAUCAACCUCAACGGCGAGAUCGUCGACGAGCCAAGCUUCUUACCCGAUGAAAUCGAACUCGGCGGCGCUUUACCCUCCACACCCGUCAAGCCCAUGCAAGCUGUUCGUACAUCGGCCAGCAUGACUCCCACGAAGGCAACAAUGUCGUCAGCGAAACCACCGUCCGCGGAAGACCCCGCGGCGGAUCUCCGAUUUGACGCCAAGACGGCAACAAAAAUAAAAGAAAUCCAUGCAGCUAAAGAAAAGGCCGUUGCGAUGGAAGACUAUGACCAGGCGAAACGGUUGAAGAUUUUGGAGCAGCAACUCAUGAACAUUGGGCUUCAACUUGCGCGGUUGGAAACUGCGAAGCGAGACGCUGUCGCGAACGAAGACUACGAUGCAGCCAAACGUAUCAAGGACGAAAUUCUCGAAUUAGAGGCAUCAAUUGGUCUGCCCACGCCAUCGUCGACAUCUCCUGCAACCGGGCGAUCAAGUCACGGCUAUGACGCCCCUCUAGCCACUACUCGGCAAAACAACCCCACACCACCGCAAAGUUCUGGCUCGUACAACACAACGUCCCCACCACCCGCCGCGAUACCUUCGGUGCCCAAACAACGCAUGCAGCAGCAGUACGACCAACCAACGUCAUAUGAAGAUGCAAUGGAACGACCCUUGGCCGCUGCGGCGAAACCUACGCAGCUCAAGCAACAACAAAGCAGCGCAAGCUUCUCGACGCCCCCAGACGACGACCUCAACGAUGAUGGCUCCGUUGCUCCAGCGCCUGUACGCAAACAAAAAGUUACGGCUCAAAAUGCUCCCGCUGGUGGGGCAAACCCGCACUUUGAAGGUCUACCCGAUUGUGCUGAGAUGGCCGAUCCCGAGGCCUUGCCAGACUCGUUGCUGAAAGAAAGUGCAGAAAUGGUGUCGGUGAUUGGCGAGUACUUAACCACGUGCUUUUACAGCAACGUGUGGAACCACCGAGACGCGGCGAUGCGAAAAGUCACGUUGGAUUUGAGCAACUCAGAUUUCACAGACAGCCAUGACCCGCAUGUUGUCCUGUCGGUGGUAUCCACAAUGGUUCAAAGUGGCGUGAGUGAUCGCAUUGCCCAAGUAUCGUUGACUGCUGUAACUAUGUGUGACGCCAUGUUGCGGUUUGCCGAGGGUCAUGCGCUCGACCCCAACGCAGUUGUCCGAGUGCUGAACAAUCCGUUGGUGCAACUCGUCAACAAACUUGGCGAGUCCCAAGCGAAGAUUCGAGAUGAAGUUACUGCAUCGUUGCUCCAGUUGGCUGGGUCCGACUUGGUGGGACCUUCUGUCGUGGCGACGCACUUGUUUCGUCGAGCGUCCAAGAAGGCGUUGCCGCUGAAGGCACUGCAAGGCCGACUUGGCGUCGUCAAAGCGUUGUUGACACAAUUUGGACUCGUUCCAGACUUUACGUUGGAGACCGUGAUGGGAUUCCUAGAGGAAAACGCUGCGUUUGCUCACCAAAGCAAAGAAAUCCGUGACUUGGCUAAAGCGAUUUCUGUUGCCAUCUAUCAAAUUGUGGGGCCCGAAAUCGACCCGUUUUUGAAGACGCUGCGGCCAAAGCAAAUGGAAGAGUACCAAGCGGCAUUUGAAACCCCCGAAGCCAAGCCUUUGUCCGUGAAAAAGGACAAAAAAGCUGCUGCCGCCCCGCUUCCGAAUGCCCGUCAUCGAGGGGCGCAGCACACUGCACCACCACAACUUAACGCCGACGGCGGACAUGAAUCGGACGAUUCCAACGCGUCCGUCGCCGAGUUUACGUGUCCGUUCUGCGACCGUCACGACGAUGCUUUUGACACGGAUCGACUGGACCAGCAUUUUUGGGCCGAGUGUCCGAUGCUGACGCAAUGCAAAAUGUGCAGCCAAGUGAUUGAAAUCAGCACGUUGAACGAGCAUUUGCUCGUGGAAUGCGAGCAAAAGCACAACCACAAGGAGUGCCCGCGGUGUGGAGAAGCGAUUACAGCCAGGUUUUACGAGAAACACACGAGCAUGAACGACUGCGACCCGAUGCCAGCGCCUGCUCAAGGCAAUCGGUGCCCCCUGUGUCACGACGACAUUGGGCCUCGCAAACGCGGGUGGAAAGCGCAUUUACUAUCGAACAAGUGUCCCAGCAAUCCGCGCAAUUCGUAACCAGCUCCAUCAAUAAAACGACAACCAUUGCUCGCGCACUAGCGCUACGCUGCUCACGACUCAAGUGAAACAUCUCUCACGAGCUCGAUCCAAUGCACUGGACGACGUCGGCUGCCGACGGGGGCGCCGCGACAAAGACAGACGCCGGAUUGCGACGACACUCGUGAAACCACGUUUUUCAAAGAAGUGCGUGCCACGCCAGAGGUUUAAGAGAUGAGAGGAGUUGGCAUGUCAACCGGAACGUCGUGGGAAGGGCAUGUUCUAUGUAAGGCGCGUGGUUCGCUGUGUCGCCGGCGCGUCGUGGUGUGUCACAAACCACUUCAAAAUUCGUGAGUCACUGCGUCGUUCGGUCUCGAACGAGAGCAUCGUAGCGUCAACUCGUCGUCAGUGCCUCUAUCGCACAACCCACGUGACGUGUACGGCAGUAAAUUCCUAGUGUUGAGCACUCGAUCCACAGGCGACCGCCUGGCGUCCUCGUAAAGAUUCGUCCGUCGGUGUGAGAUUUUUGUGGUCA